AACGCUUGACUAAAAAUGCGCACUGUCCUGUACCGUGCUAUUACUGAAGACGAAUGUUCUUUUGCUUUACCUUGGUUCUCGUUUUAAUGCUUCUUGUGUUCCUUUUUUGACUGGCUGUAUAUCCUGCGUCUCUUCCGGGAAACAUUGACCAAGCGCUGCAUGCAGAUAUUCGUUGUCGUGAAGACGGCAGUGCCUCACGUGUGCCCCCCAGAUGCUUGUUGUUCAUGUGAGAAUCCGAAAGUACAACUCUUAUACUACCACGUUGCGAUUGGUUUCUGCCGAUCCACGUUUUCAUCUAUCUCUUCUCCCGGGAGUCUACACACAAAGGCGACUUUCGAUCAAGACAGUUCUCUCGGUGGGUAGGAAUGCUUGUCUUCCUACCGCACUUUCCAAGGCCUGAGUAUAGAGUGCCAGUGGCGACGAGUGUUUCGAUCAAGAGCAUUCAUAUUCUCCCGCGGCAAAUUUCGGACGGCGGACCAACAAAUGGAGUCUGCCUACACUUCUGUGGAGUUCCGUGGCCUUGUCUCGUUUCCCUGCCGCCAGCGUCCCGGACAAAAAGGGCGGAAAAAACCUUGUUUAUAGGCGGCACCUCAUACCACCGCAAAAUCGACUUUUUAUGCGCGCAGGAGUGUCUCCAGGUCUCCAAUUCCUCUUCCUUCUUUUCACGUCUCUCGUUCUCCGAAGCCCGCCUUUGUCUCUGACGUUGGUGUCGUCCUCCACGCGUUUCCUCCGCACGUCCUCCUCCGUUGUCAAAACUCCUAGCCGCUUCCAGUGUCUUCCCAGAAACUGUCGUUUCCAGGGGCAGGAACUGUCUCCGUAGACGUUUGUCUUUCCUAUUCUCUCUAAGACUGUCCCUGUUCCGCUACACGAAGAAACAUGACUUUUUCCGACGCCUCGGUGUCUCUCUCAGACGGCCGUCACCAGGAUGGACCCACUGGCCAGUCUGCCGGAGCCCCGGGCGCGAGGUCCGUUUCUCCCGGAAGUGGAGAGUCGCUUUCACGGAAAAAUGUGUCAGAAUCUGAUUUGCCGCCUUCUGUCUCAGCUCGCUGGCCUUUCUGCAGUUCUCGUCGACGCGCUGCAGCCCUUGUGUCCAUCCUCUCUUUUUUUGCGUGGUCCGUGGACACCUUGUUUCCGACAAACGCAGACACGCAGAAGCAGGACCAGCCCUUGAGGGCGCCCCCCCAUUUCUCUUUCUCGCCGUCACUACUCUACGCAGAAGCCCGAGCAUCUCCCGGAAAGUCUCGCGAUUUCUACCGAUUACUGGGAGUGAAGAGGAACGCGACACCACGCGAAAUCGACAAGGCGUAUCGGAAAUUGGCGAAGCAGUAUCACCCUGAUGUGAACCCUGGAAACGAGGAGAAGUUCCUUGACAUUGCAAAGGCUCACGAGGUGCUUAGUAAUGAAGAACAAAGAAAAAAGUACGACAUGUUCGGAGAGGCAGGACUCGGGGAAGGAGGCGGGCCCUCGCCUGCCGAAUUCGGAGGCAGCCCCAUCGAUCUGUCGGAUCUUUUCGGCGGGAUGUUUGGCGGGGGAGGUGGAGGCGGUCCCAACAUCAAGUUUUCUUUCGGCGGAGGUGACGGACCCCCCUUUGGAGGCGGCUCUGAAGGAUUUGGAAGCUUUUUUGGUGGCAACGCCGGAGGGUUUCAGGAGGCCUCUCCUAGCAAUGCCAGUUUGUAUGACGCUGAGGACGACGAAGUCGACGAACUCGGCCCACAGGCUGUUCAGAGAGUCGUCGAGGGCAGAGACUUUGUGUUCUUUCUCGCGCUUUACAAUCCUAGGUGCCGUCCUUGUCGACAACUCAAGGAUGAAUUUGUCAAGGCAGCCAAAAGGAUGAAAGGCAUCGUCCCGUUUGGCGCCAUCAACUGCAGUCGCUUCGGAAACAUCUCCUACUGCAAAGAGGCCCAACAUUACCCCACCCUGCUCUUCUUUCCUGCCGACAAGCACUCGAAGCGUAUUGACUACCGCGGAGAGAGAACAUCUGCCGCUAUGGUUCGCUUCCUGUCUGAGAACCUUCCUUCCACUGUUGUCGUCCUCACGGACGAUUCGAUGGAGGGGUGGAUUUCCACGGAUGCGCAGAAACCCAAGGUCGUUCUCUUCACGGACAAAAGAGGCAUUCCGCCUCUCUUCAAGUACCUGUCCUAUCAAAUGCGUAACCAGGUCGCGAUGGGGGUUGUCUUCAAAAACCAGAAGAACCUUUUGAAGGCAUUCGGGGAAGGUCUCGAAUAUCAAAGGAAGCAUCGCACACACACGCACAGCGAUAAACCACUUCCCGCGGAAAUUGUCUUUCCUUCGCUCCUAGCCGUCGAUGACAUUGACCUUCUCACGGGCGAGUGGAUCGAUGUGAAAAACCACGUCAACCAGGAGCUGCUGACGCUCACGUUUUCUCGGCUUGCGGCGAAAGCACGGACGGCAUCUGGCGUUGCUUUCCGCGAGCUCACAGCGAGGCGCGUCUCCAGUGGGGAGUGCAGCAAAGAUGAUUCGCAGUUUUGCUUCGUUCUUCUCGUGCCCGACGCGAUGGCCGCUGCCUUGGCGCCCAAAGACCUCUUUGCGAAGUUGACAGAACUUGCUGAAAAGUUCAAGCGGGAUCCGCUCAAGAUCUGUUGGGUUAACAGGGACGCGCAGCCCGGUUUCACGCGCGUUUUUUCGCUCUCCUCGGACCAAGAAAUCGUCUUUCUUGCGUACCGACCAAAGCGGAAGAAAUACGAGGUCAUGUCCGGCCCUUUGACGCCGGCGUCUCUGGAGUCCUUCGUCAACGACGUGGUAUCGGGAGGAAAGCAGCUGACGGGGAAGUUAACCCAGUUUCCGCAGCUGGUGGGGAAGCAAAGGACGAAGACCUCAGGGCACGAUGAACUGUAGAAGAGGGGGGGGAGGAAAAGCGAUGGAGAUGCGAUGGUGUAUCAGCGAGACGCGCAUGCGCCCACUUUUGACUCGUCGAGGGCAGGGGCAGCACUCGGCGCUGUUGACAGUCAAGAGCAACAGCCUCCCCGGUAUCGAGAAGAGAGGACAUCCCGGAUUCUCAGUCAGGCUCGUGCGUCGAUAUUAACAGAAAGCAGCGACACAUAUGGUGCUUUCAACAUCUUCGGUGCAUAGAGGGACAGCGAAAUGGUAUGCGGAUGUCGAGGAGACGCCGCACGCCGGAACACUCCUUAGAAUGAACAAAGAGAAAUGAGCCUCGGUCCCGUAAUGUGGCUGUUUUCGGGUCCGUCCUGUCAGUGGCGUAUGCAGAGGGAGCUAGCGAGCUUUUUGUCGCGUUUUUCUCGGUUUCUUUGAAAACUUCCACAUGAUCAGGAGCACCAAAGCUGGUAGAGAGGGUGCGCUGGAAGGAGAAAUCGGCGAGCGUCGUGUGCCGAUCUUCCACCGCAGCAGACAGGGGCUUGCGAAGUCCUUCUGCGUGCGCGUGUCUCAACCUACAGAAACCUAGAGAGGCUUGUAGCGCUGUCGUCGAAACCCACUGGGAAACAGAACUGGGGAACACCUUUUCUCUCUCGGUUGUUCGUAUCUGUUGUGCAUGCCUCAACAAGGAGUGCACAACGCACCCAUAAUCCAUACCUUUGGGUUUGCCGUGGUUUUGUGGCUGCUGGACUGUCUGCGGGGGGAAAGGUCUGUCAGUGGGCGUUUCUCGUUGCAUGGCUCAUACACGGGUUGUAACCGUCACAGACACUUUGCUUCCUUGACGACAGCGGAAUCAAACAGCACCCCGUUUUCACCUGGGGGACUGUCAGGGUGAAACCGCGAGAUGGAACUACGCAACGACACAGCAGGGGACUGCCAUGGCCAUGGAAAACGCUUUGGGGUGAACGGUGAACAAAAGCGAAUUCGAUUCGUCGGGUUCCCUUUUUUUUGUCGGUAUCAAACAAUGAGAUGCGUAGAUGUGUAACCCUUUGGCAAGUCACGAAGUGGGUCGACGUCGGUCCUCAAACGGACACGCGAAAGGAAAGACAGAAGCUACGUGCAGGACGUACACAAAAGUGUUUGAAAGAGUCUUGACAAGCAUUCAGACGAGCUAGGUCAGGCUGUCCUCGAUUUCGGAGCAGGGACAGCGAGCGUAACGGUACUUUGCUGCUGUCAUUGAGUGGAGAAAAUGAGUUUGUUUCCUCUUUGCUUUACGGCUGUUUGGCUGUCGUAUGUAUCUUGUAGGCAAUGCUACCGACGGAAAGAAGUUACCGAUUUCACAGAAAUAUGCAGGAAGGUUCUCCAUGCUUCUCGAUGCCUUUUCUGGGGAACAUAGACUACGAGGUGGACAACUGUUUUGCACCUUGAAGGUCUCUGUUUGCAGGAUCCGAGCUCCACUGUGUUAGCAGAACCUUCCCUUCACAUCUCGUGCCCUCCUUUAGUCGUCACUCUGAAUUUGUCCUACCUUCAUGCGGUUGAUGUCCGAGUUUUUCCAAUCAAGUGGCUCUCCAUGUUGCCUCUUGCCUGCUUUUCUAAUCUUCCUGUCACCUCUAUACUUUGUUCUGAAACAACGCGACGGCUGAAUGCUAACUCCGGAGUCAGAAGAGGAGCAGCACAGGUACCGGAACUGCAGCUCGGUGCUCUUCACGCCACAAUUUUCUGCUGUGGUUUCGUCGAAGCUUUCCCUUCGAAGUGGAAGAUAUCAAUUGUGCACUGCUAUGAAACAGUGGCAGCCGCAUUAUUCCUCAUGCAUUUCACAAGUAGAAGCGUUUUCUGAUACGCUAGAGGGGUUGCCCGAGUACUGUACUGCGCCGGCUAAUGUCGGCUGUUUCACGAACAGCAACUACCGCGAGGUCUUCGGUGCAGAUCGGUCAGUUCCUCAUACCUACAACGGAGACGUUUCACUCUAAAGAGAAUAAAACCACAAGCCAAUCGAGAAACUGCGGAAGUCGUCGGGGACUUCCUCCGGCUUUCAGACAGAUAAUCCACUUCCGGGUAUAGUGACGUAUUAUUGUUCAAGUUGCUUUGUGGCUGGAUUCAAGCUGUGAAACCAGCACAGGGCAAUCUGGUCACCGGCACUUCGCUUCUCCUCUUUGCAGCAUAGCAGAAGCAUGCUUGUGGCUUGCCCCCUCAAGCGUGGUAAGUUCCUCCAGACUUGUUUGUUUAUACUUCUUGCGUGUCCGGCUGAGUGUACGCGCGAGAUGUUUGCUGAGGUCCUUCCCUUCUCUGCGGCUGCUUAGUCUUCUGCAUGUAUUGCUUCCGGCAGGCUGGUUUCUUUCUCGCCUAAUUACACUCCUCCCUUUCGGCGCGAGUUGUGCCUGUAGCUCCGUCGCCCAUCAAUUCGCUUCAGUAUCUUUUCAUUCAAUUUCAUGAACAGAAAUUUUUCCUUUCGUAGUCAUAGUUAAAGGUCGUGGUCCUCUUAGACUCAACCGGUGACAGCAGGCAGAUGUGCAUGGCACGAGUGUCGUUCGGGCAGGCGCCUCGGACUCGUCGACGGGGAUGUAUUUGAGAGUCACUAUUUUCCGAGGUUUGCGUUCCCAGCCGCAAUGCAGAGAGCUUCCAUCUCACACUGCAAAAAGAACACAGGCGCGGCUCAAGGGUGAAGCGGCAAAAGAGAGCCGUCGCCGUGUGCACACGCACCUCCGUACCGCUCCGCUGACAAGGGUUCCAAGCGCACCCGUGGAAAAACAAACUCUUCUUUUUCCUGUCCGUUCCAGAACCCCCCACUAACUCAUUGAAUCAAUCCUCUUGAUGCCGUGAGGAAUCAUUACAAGUUGAAACUGUAGGGGGUU